AUGCCUCUACCACGCGCAUCUCUACGUUCUUUCCUGUCAUCUGCCAAGUCUGCCUUGAAUAAUGCAGCACAACAAAGCUCACCCGUCACAUUCGUGAUCGGGAAUGAAUCGGCGGAUCUCGAUUCUCUCUGUAGUGCUGUCGUCCUAGCAUAUAUACGAACCUAUUCUCUAAAGUCGAAGACCUUCUACAUACCUCUGUCGAACAUUCCAAGAGCUGAUCUCAACCUUCGACCUGAGUUGCUCUCGGUGCUUUCCCAUGCCAAUCUGAGACCAAGCGACCUUAUUACUUUAUCUGAUCUACCCUCCAUUACGUCAAACUCGUCAAGGUUAUCUCCAGAGAAGACGAAAUGGGUCUUGGUCGACCACAAUGUCAUGGUAGGGGAGUUGGGGAAGAUAUACGGCGAUCAACUAGUCGCUUGCAUUGAUCACCACGACGAAGAGAAUAAAGUGCCCAAAGAUACAGCAGAAGAGCCAAGGAUUGUACAGAAGUGCGGAAGUUGCUCCAGUCUGGUAGUACAAUACGGCAGAGAAGCAUGGGACUCGCUGGCGUCAAAGACAAGCCAAGACCAUCAAGCAAAAUGGAACGCUGAAUUGGCACGAUUAGCCUUGGCCCCAAUACUUAUCGAUACCUCGAAUCUGAAGGACGAAUCGAAAACCACGCCCGUUGACGUGGAAGUCGUCAAAUAUCUGCAGCAUUGGAUCACUUCUGAGGAAGAAGGUCCAUUCGAUGCAGAAGACUACUUCAAAGAAAUUGCUGAUGCUGAGAAAGAUGUCGAUAGUAUGAGCCUUGUUGAUCUUCUCAGGAAGGACUACAAAGAAUGGAACGAUGGGGGCGUCCCUCUUGGUAUCUGCUCCGUGGUCAAGGAUAUGCCAUUCCUCGUCAAAAAAGCUGGUGGUACCGAGCAAUUCCUAAGCGCAGUCAAGGAUUUCGCAAAAGAGCGAAAGCUCUCGGUCUGCUCAGUCAUGACCAGAACCCUGAACAACGGCGUCUUUUCACGAGAGCUACUUGUUUGGGGGUUCGGUCAAAAAGGAAUUGAGUCUGCGAAAAGUUUCGAACAAGAUGCAAAACCAAAACUUGACCUUCAGACGUGGAAAGAUGGGUCUCUCGACCUGGACAAUAAUCAGUGGUGUCGUUGUUGGUCGCAAGGGAAAGCACAGGAUAGCCGCAAGCAGGUAGCUCCUCUGCUGAGGACUGCGAUAUCUGGAUGA